CUUCGCUUAUUCCAAUCCCAUUUAGUACUUUCUCCCAAUUCUCUCUAUAUAUACACAUCAAACCUCUAAGCCAGCUCUUAACAAAUCUCUUAAUUAAUACGUAUCGCCUUAAUCAAAAUCAUGAGUCCAGUAAAUUUCAUCAACGAUCAAGAUCAUCAUCAUCAUCAUAUCACGAUCAACGGUCCACGACCAUCUCCAUUGAAGAUCAACAGAGACUCUCAUUCGAUUCAGAAAUCAGCACAUAAUUUUCCCGGAAAAGUUCAUCACCAUCAACAACAACACCAGCAGCAGAAGCGGCAGCCGGUCAUUAUCUACACACAUUCUCCCAAGAUCAUCCACACUCAACCGCGUGAUUUCAUGGCCCUCGUCCAGAAACUCACCGGCCAAUCGCGAUCGGACAACGACGAAGAAAAUGACGAAGAUGUUCGUGACGACCAAUCUUUUGGAUCCAAACGACGCGGCGAUUCUUCUUCAAACGACGUUAAAUUAGAGGAUAACGAGUCGGGAGCCUCGUACUCUUCCGGUGUCUCGACGGACGAGAAUUAUGUUAGCGGCGUCGGUUCUCGUGAUCAAGAUUCGGCGGCGGUCAACGGCGUCGUUUCGAGUACGUCGUCUGCUCCGUAUUUUGGCGACGUUCCUUUGUUUACUCCAACCGGCGCCGGUGACUUCUUCUGCUCACCGCGGCCUGUUUAUCGAUUCUCUGAUACGACGUCGUUGUCUUUGUCGUCUCCAAACUUGGGGAGCUCGCUUAAUUCGCCGUCGUUUCUCGAGUUCAUCAAAGGGCUACCGGAAUAUUGAUAAUCAUGAUUAUCAUCGCUAAUUAAAGCGUAAUUGUAGUAAUGUUUGAUUAACUGUAUGGAUAUAUAAUUAGAUAAUUCAGUUAUUAUCAUCAUUCA